AGGAGGCAGUGAGCCAGGGUUUGGGUUGCGCGUUGAAAUUCUGCACUGAAUUUAGCUUGAACUGCAUGAAAAAGUGAAACAUGGGAAAAAUGACGCAGUAGUCUCGUGUUGUGUAGCUUGUGGCCAAAUGGUUUAAGUGUUAACUAGGCGCUAGUAGAAGCAGAUACUUAGUAAGUUCAACGUCAGAACGAGCAGAAUGACGGAGUCACAGCAAUCUUCUGGGUCGCGGCCUCUCAGCGGGCUCUUGGGUUCCAGCUGGAGGAUGUUAACCGGGUCUUCGCCUUCCUCGUCCUCCUCAUCGUGUGCGUCCUGUCCUCCCUCCAGUACCUGCUCUUCUCUAGUAUCUCCUGGGCAAGACGAACUUUUGCAAGCUGAAGGCGCUAGGACUUCGUUUAAUUUUGAAGGUGGAGAUGGGAACCUGCCUGCCUUCACGGCCACGCGGCCGGAUGCCAAUAAGCCAGCGGAAGAACAGAUUUGGAGCGUGUUUUUGUCGGACAGGUAUCGUCGAUUCAACUUCAGCGGGCCGCAAGAGCUGGCAAACAUGCCGGCAUGGGUGGGCGAUCCUCAGAGGCUGGCUGAGGGAUGCUUUCUGCGCGGUGCUGGCGCUGGCAUUAUGGGCUACGGGCUCGGCUUAAUGCUCGGUGGGUUUUUUCACUCGAUGCAGCCGAUUGAUAUGGCACAGUACCAGCACUUGUCGACAAAAGAGCAGAUUAGGAUCUCCUACAAAGGAUUCGGUCCUGCCUGCACACGAAUGGGGAGGAACUUUUCCAAGGUGGGACUCGUUUACAGUGCAACCGAGUGCAUGAUUGAGAAGGAGCGGGGCUGCCACGAGCUGGCGAACGCGGUCUACGCGGGUUGUGCAACCGGGGGCUUUCUCGCGAUAGGCAGUGGGCCCGUUGGCAUGCUAACAGGUUGCGCGGGCUUCGCGGCGUUCUCGUUCAUGAUAGAGCAGUUCAUGGGCCAUCAUGCGUAGGAUCUGUCUCUGAAGUGCCACACUCUUUUGUUUUGUAAAGGGCCGAUACUUGUUGAUCAUGUGGACGCCACAAUCCAUGUGAGUGCUUCGAUUGGGAGAAUCCAUGGUAUCUAAAGAGACACUGAUAUUAUGAGGCUUCUUAUUUUCCAGUUGUCUUUUUGAUCUUGCGCGGUUUUCAAAAACCAGCCGAAUAGACGCACAACUCGUGCGAACAGGGAAUGGCGACGGUGCGCGCCACGACAACUUGAUCUCGAUAGAUU